ACCAGCCUCCUGUGUCUGGCCGCCUUCCUGGACCCGGCUGCGGCGUUGCUUCCGAUCACGCUCAAGGGCAACCGGUUCAUCCGCCCCAGCACCAACUCUACAGACGGGUCGGUGUUCUUUGUGAACGGCGUGGACUACCAGCCGGGCGGCUCGUCCGCCUACACGUACAACAUGACGUCGGACGUGCUCACAGACCCAGAGGUGUGUGCGCGAGACGCCACGGUGCUCCAGAACCUGGGCGUCAACACGAUCCGGAUCUACACAAUCGACCCGGACUUGAACCACGACGAGUGCAUGUCGAUCUUCAACAGCGCCGGCAUCUACGUGAUUCUCGACGUCAACUCGCCGCUCGGCGGCGAGAGCUUGAACAGAGACGACCCGGAGAGCUCGUACAACGCCUACUACAUGAGCCGUGUUUUCCGCGUCAUCGAGAGCUUCAGGUCGUACUCGAACGUCAUCGGCUUCUUCGUCGGCAACGAGGUGAUCAACGACGAGCCCUCCGCCGGCAAGGACCCGAAGUUCUUGCGCGCGGUCACCAGAGACACCAAGCAGUACAUCCAGAACCGGCUGGCGGACGACGACGACGCCCGGGAGAUCUACGUCGGCUACUCCGCCGCGGACGUGGUUUCGUUGAGAAUGCCGACGUUCGAGUACCUCACCUGCGCCAUCAACGGCAACGACAGCGACGUCUCCAGCAUCGACUUUUUCGGCUUGAACUCGUACGAGUGGUGCUCCGGCUCCAGCGACUGGCAGUCCUCGGGCUACUCGAAGCUCGUGUCCGGCUUCGAGAACUCGUCCGUGCCGGUGUUCUUCUCCGAGUACGGCUGCAACAAGAACUCGCCGCGUACCUUCGACGAGGUCAGCGGCGGGAUCUACAACGACAAGCUCAUCGACAUUCUUGACGGAGGCCUCGUCUACGAGUACUCGCAGGAGACCGCCAACUACGGCCUGGUGGACAUCUCCGACGACGACGACUCGGUGACUCUUUUGCAGGACUUUUUCAACUUCCAGAAGCAGCUUGCAAAGGCCCAGAUUCCAACCAUCAACGAGACCGAGGUUGUCGACGUCCCCGCUCUCGAGUGCAACGCCUCGCUUAUCCAGAGCUACGACAAGUCCUUCAGCGCAAACUUCACCUUACCGGAGGCCAACAAAGACAUCAAGUGGAUGAUCGACAACGGUGUCGGCGUCAGCUACAAGGGCAAGUUUGUCGACGUCGACCAGUAUCUCAACCCUUAC